AUGGCGGCGCAAGUCAUCUCCAACUCUGGUCAUGAUGACAUGAUUCUCCCGCAGCAUGAUGCUGUCCUCGACUACUACGGCCGCAAGCUGGCUACGUGCUCCAGCGACCGCACCAUCAAGAUCUUCGAAAUCGAGGGCGACUCCCAGCGCUUGAUCGAGACUCUCAAGGGCCACGAGGGUGCUGUUUGGUGCGUCUCCUGGGCGCAUCCCAAGUACGGCAACAUCCUGGCGUCGGCUGGCUACGACGGAAAGGUCUUCAUCUGGAAGGAGCACGGCGGCCAGACCAGCUCAUGGCAGCGCAUCUACGACUUCCCCUUGCACAAGGCCUCUGUCAACAUCGUGUCCUGGUCCCCCCACGAGGCCGGCUGCCUUUUGGCCUGCGCCUCCUCCGACGGCAACGUGAGCGUGCUCGAGUUCAAGGACAACGCCAUGGACCACACCACCUUCGCUGCCCACGGCCUCGGCGUCAACUCCGUCUCCUGGGCCCCGGCCACCACCCCCGGCAGCAUCGUUAGCAGCGCUCCCGGACCCGCCGCCAGCGGCAACCGACGGUUCGUCACCGGCGGCUGCGACAACGUGCUCAAGAUCUGGGCCUUUGACCCGGCUUCGCAGUCCUACAAGCAGGAGAGCGAGCCCCUGACUGGCCACUCCGACUGGGUCCGCGACGUCGCCUGGUCCCCCACCGUCCUGCAGAAGUCGUACAUCGCCUCUGCCUCCCAGGACAAGACGGUCCGCAUCUGGACCUCGGACGCCUCCAACCCCGGCCAGUGGGACUUCAAGGUGCUCAACUUCGAGGCGGCCGUGUGGCGCGUUAGCUGGUCGCUCAGCGGCAACGUACUCGCCGUCAGCAGCGCCGACAACAAGGUGUCGCUGUGGAAGGAGAACUUGCGGGGCGAGUGGGAGUGUGUCAAGUCGAUUGAGGAGUAG